AUAAAACAGUUGUCCUUUUCGUGUCAUUUCUUCUUUUUAUUUAUUGAUUAAUAUAUCCAUAAAUUCUUGGAUUUUAUUAAAUUCUUGACAUUCUUUACAUGAAUCGACAAAUUCUUGUAUUUAAUUAAAUUUCAAACAAUUUUUCAUUUGAUAUCGUUUUUCUUAUCAUAUAUAAUAAGUGAUCGCAAGUGUAGUAAUCAGACAUUUUGUUUGUCAUAUCAUAUAUUUCUUGAAGAAUAUUGUUGUCAAAGAUGUCCGACGAUAUGUCUAUACUGAUUGGUGUCAGUGAUUUGGCAUCAGUUUUAUUACAAUGUUUUAUAUUAAUAUUAAUGGGUUAUAUGUCGUGUCGUUUAGAGUUAACGGCUGUAUCGGAGUCGGGUCUGAGCUCUUUUGUUACUUACUUUGCAUUACCGGCCCUUAUAUUUAAGUCAUUGUCCACUUCAGAUCUCUCAGACAUAAACUGGUAUUUUGUGAUCAGUAUUUUAAUAUCAAAAACUGUGAUCUUUGUAUUGGUUGUCAUCAUAACAGCUGUUUUAACAAAACCAUUAAAUCUGACCAAAUCUGGUCUCUUCGGCAUAUUUUCGACACAAAGCAAUGACUUUGCUUUAGGAUAUCCACUGUUGACUUCAUUGUAUGGCAAAACUCAUCCACAAUUUGCUGGAUAUCUCUAUGUUUUAGCACCGAUUCAAUUGGUUUUUCUCAAUCCAUUGGGUCUUAUUAUUAUUGAAAUCGAUAAACAAUUACGAAGACAGAGAUUACAAAUUAAUAACUUUAUGAAUAUAUUGAUUAAUGUAAUGAAACAAAUUGUGAAAAAUCCCAUAAUAUUAAUGACUACUUUGGGAAUCGUAUGGAACAUAACAUUUGGUAAUAAACUACCGGAUCUAUUGAUACCACUAUUAGAUGUGAUGUCCAACGCGUUUUCAGCGACAGCACUGUUUUUAUUGGGCACUCAAUUAGUGGGAAAAUUAAAGAUAUUUACCUCUUCAUCUUAUAUACUAUUGGUAUCAUUAGUAUUGGUGAUGACAAAGAUUUUGAUUUUACCACUUCUUAAUCGAGUUAUUAUUCAAAAUAUAAUGGAUUCACACGACAACCAAACAUCAGAAUUAAGUAAUUUUGGGUUUCUUUACGGAACAUUUCCAUCAGCGCCAACAGCUUUUCUGUUUGCACUACAAUAUGAUUCAGGCAUACCAUCGACAAUACUAUCUGCCGGAAUGGUUAUGUCUACCGUUUUAUCGGCGCCACUAAUGUUUGUUUCGGCAAAUAUGAUCAGAAUGUCAGCCAAUGCAAGCUUACCGUACACUGCAUUUCACAGUGAUUUGGGACAAACCAUGACUUAUUCAGGACUUGUCAGUGCUUUUUGCUUAUUAUGGACUAUAUUUGUAUUAAUUUGCGGUAAGAAAUGGCAGAGUCUUACCCAUCGGUGCACUAUUGCAUUAGCCAUUUCACAGCUUAUGAUUGCCAUUGGAGGCUAUUUAUGGCAAUAUAUGGAUAACUCGACUUCAAUCCAACAUUUUUAUCUAAUUUAUUAUUUACAAUACGUGUUUGCAGUCGGAGGAGUAUUAUCAGCCAGAGUUUGGACAGCAAUGCUAUCGAUUACAUUAGCAUUACUUUAUUGGAAGAGCUUAUGUUAUGUGAUUAAAAUUCACACAAUUAUGUCAUAUAUGGCAGCAAUUGUAACAGUGAUAUUAGUUUUAAUGGUUAUAUAUAUACCUAAUUUAUCAAAUAGUAAGACAAUUGAUCCAAAUUUUGAAUUUGGCAAAAGUCAAGCUUAUAUUUCUGUAUUACUCUUAAUUUGUUGUCUUAUCAUAACAAUUGUCGGACUUAUUACUCAACAACAUUUAAAAAGCAAGUUAUUAUACAAUUCAUUGAAUCUUAAUUCUGAAGAUUUCGAGUUUGAAACCCAAGAAUCUGAACAUCAAGUGACCAACGAUACCGACUAUUUGAUUCAAACACCAAAUUUAAGACGAGGGGGAGGAGGAAGGGUUCGCACGUUUUCUAAUCCAGUUAUGGGUUCUUCUAAUUCACAAAAUGAUAAUGAAUUGGUAGAAGUGGAAGACCUAUUGGAAUCGGUUAUUACAACUAAAGAGUUUUGUCAAAAUGCCAACUGUUCGGAGACACGAAGGAAAAGCUGUAUUUCAAAUAUUCGCAAAUAUCGUCAACACGUGGAUGAAGCCAAUGAAGUGACGCCAUUGUUAACAAAUUCACGAAAUGAUGACAUUAUUAACGAAAAUGUAUUACAAUUUCAUCAAUUGUCUCAACAUAUAUUUCUUUUGUUAACAUUAUUACCGUCGAUGUUAAUUGGAUUAACUGUUUCAAUGGGAAAACUUAUUACUGAAAGACCAACCGGAAUAUUCAUUGAACUUGAAUUUCUGGAUAUUUUAUUAAAUUACGGACAGGGAGUCAUCACUUUCCUUAUAUUCGGUUUAGAAAUGAGUCCUGUAUUUCAUCGGAUAAAUAUACUGUUUAGACACCAAUCCUAUACAUGUAAUUCAUCGAUAUUGUUGCCGCCGUUAGAGUCAAUUAAAUCUGAAACAAAAGAGAUAUGCAAUCAAUUCAAUAUCUUUCAUAAGUAUAACUGUAUUAAUGAUCUGGUUUUUGAACAUAAAGUUAAUGAAAUAAGUUAUCGAGUGUUUCGCGGCAAUGAAUUAGUCGAUUGGCUGAUAAGGGCCGGCAUUUCAAGACAACGUACUGAUGCUGAAGCAUACGGAAGGCAUUUAUUAAUUGGAAGAGUUAUUAGACAUUUCAACGAUUGUCAGCAUUUUCAUGACAAGACUUAUUUUUAUAGAUUCAAUUUAAUAGACUCAUAA